GUUGAUUUACUACUACUACUACUAAUAAUAAAACUAUUGUACCUAAAAAAAAAUGAAUUUUCAUUUCGAAAAAGAAGAGGAACUACUUAUUCAGGUGCAAUUACUAGUUUGUAUUGUUUGUGGUUUUUUUGGACGCAAUAGAAAUGAAAUGACCCAAUGUUUUCUUACAAGCAAAAUUAAAUAGCGUUCUAAAUUCUAACUCUCCUUUUGUUUGUUGAAUCCGAUAAAUUUCAAUGAUAUCUGCAGCCCCCUCGAGAUUCUCACCCAAAUUUCCCUCAAAUUCAAUCAUUCAAACCCCCCAAUUCAUUCAUCUUCUUCAUAUAUAUAUAAAACCACAUUGAAUUUGGUGAUCUCCCCUGUUCUGACCAACUAAUUCGUUCCAAAACCGCCAUGCUUAACCACACUGAUCAUCAACAAAUCCUCAAUGGUUGGCCGCUUGGACUCCAAGUUAUGAACACUAGACUUCGGAUAAUGGCAGGUCCAGGGGAAGAGAGAUUACCGCCGGGCCCCACCGAUUCCUCCCUUGAUUUGCACAUUCCUUCAAUCAGUUUCUCCUCUCUCUCUUCCUCUGAACUCGAUACUCUGUCGACGGCGUCUUUCUUCCAAGACCACAGCGUUUCUCUCGGCCGGCUGAUCGGACUAAAGCCGGCCGACAAGACGUGGUUGUACUUCCCGACGGAGGAGACCCAGAGUGUGUCGGUUAAUUCUGCAGGCUUAGAUGAUUCGAAAACGAACGCCGCUGAAAAUGAAAUAUCGGGACGAAUCUGCAUUCCGAUUGUGAUCGGUGUGAUCUUGAAGAUGAUCAGAAGUCGGAGAAAUUCGAGAAGUUGAAGUGCUAUUUGAUAAAACAAUGCUGAAGGAGAUGAAGUACAAUUCCUCCAACCCUGAUUUUUACAAAUUGUUAUGAUGGAAGAUUAUUGAGUUUGGUAAUUUUUCUUCGUUUCGUUUUCUUGAAUUUCGAAACCUGUGUAUUCAAUUGCCUGAUGUACCUCAACUUCAAGAGUAUAAAACAAAAUACCGAAGCGUUUGAGCUUUCAUUUUCUCCA